CGUCCCAGACAGACAGCCAACAGCAGACGCAGACUGUAUCUGAAAGCACAGACAGCAAGGCGCAGCCCAAGAGGCUUCACGUCUCCAACAUCCCCUUCAGGUUCAGGGACCCCGACCUCAGGCAAAUGUUUGGCCAAUAUGGCAAAAUCUUAGAUGUGGAAAUCAUUUUCAACGAGCGUGGCUCUAAGGGGUUCGGGUUCGUAACUUUCGAGCAUAGCGCGGAUGCAGACAGGGCCAGGGAGAAAUUACACGGCACCGUGGUAGAAGGCCGUAAAAUAGAGGUCAAUAAUGCAACAGCCAGAGUAAUGACGAAUAAGAAGACUGUCAACCCAUAUGCAAAUGGCUGGAAGUUAAAUCCAGUGGUCGGUGCCGUCUACAGUCCUGAAUUCUAUGCAGUUCCCAGUUUUCCCUAUGCAGCAGCAAGUGCAGCGGCAGCGUACAGGGGGGCCCACUUACGAGGCAGAGGCCGCACAGUCUACAACACAUUCAGGGCAGCCGCCCCGCCUGCCCACAUCCCAGCUUACGGAGGUGUUGUUUACCAGGAUGGAUUUUAUGGUGCAGAUAUUUAUGGUGGUUACACUGCCUACAGAUAUGCCCAGCCCACUGCUGCCGCCGCUGCUGCAUACAGUGACAGUUACGGACGAGUAUAUGCUGCCGACCCCUACAACCACACACUUGCUCCAGCAGCCACAUACAGCGUUGGUGCCAUGAACACGUUCGCCCCACUGACAGAUGCCAAAACUAGGAGUCACGCGGACGAUGUGGGGCUGGUACUGUCUUCCCUCCAGGCUAGUAUAUACCGAGGAGGCUACAGUCGUUUCGCACCCUACUAACACCUUGUGUAACCCCCCCUCCACCUUCACACAACCUUCUAACAGGGCAGAGAAAGAAAGAGCGUGUGUGUGUGUGUGUGUGAGUGAAUGAGAGAAAAGCAGGGCGAGCGAGAGAGAGAGAGUGAUUUCUGAGGCCUGGGUAUUGCAAUACAUGCAGUUGUGCAUCAUUUUAACAUCUCCAAAGAGAGAGGUGCAGGAAAAAAAAAGACUAAGAAUAAAAUGACAGCUGAUAUUUUUCAUCUUAUACCUCAGAUAUUUUGUGCUGUGUAUUUUGAUAUUGUGGGUUUUUAAUUUCAGAAAAUUUAAACAUAGAUUGUCAGCUGUAGAGAUUUAACCGUGGUACUAAUAGAAAGCUGCUAGAGUAUCGAUUAGGACACAAUGAAAAACAUGAACAGUUUCAAACUUGUUUGGGCCUGUAGAGAACUUCAAACCUGUAAGAUAGGUCAUAGUUAGCAUUUUGGUCUGAUCAUUUUUUUUUUCUAGCGUGGUUAGCUGACUGCCGGAGUCGAGCGUCUUGUUUUGUUUAACAUUUCUGGGCUUACGGUGGUUCUUCCAUUGUCAGGUUAAGUCUUCAUAUGGGGGUGGAUGGGCUGAGAAGUAACAAAAACAGUGUAGGAAGACUGGCAAGAGAUGAGAGGGGGGUUUUUUUACCCCUUAAGGAUUUGGAGGGAUAGGACAAAUGUAGUUUUUGUUUUGUUUUGUUUUUUUAAUGAAUGCUGUGUAGUCAUUAGCAAAUUAUCCAGGCUGCUGAUCCAUUGACUAGAUGGUGUGGGUAUCCUUCAUCGCCCCAAGCCAAAGGUUUUGCUUGAUAUAUCUGGGGUGUUUAUGUAUACAGUCGAGAUUUAACUUAGAAAUGAAACAGAAAAAAGUAUUGCAGUGGCAGGCUACCUAUUUCUUUCUCCAUUCAGUUGUGUUGUCCAAACCCCAAUGAUGUUGGCCAUCCAGAAUAGGAUGUUUUUUAUACAAACUUCCUCUGUAUUGAUUGGUAUUACUAAUGAAUUUUGUACUAUGUGAGAUAUUUAAAAAGAACAUUAAAAAAAACAGUGUCCAAAGCCACCAUUUCUAUUUUCUUUAAGUUUUACUUUUUUUUAAAUUAUGACGGAUUAUUUGUAAUGAAAUGUGGGGCAAAACAGUCUAACAAACCAACAGUGUAUCAUAUUUCAGCUGUGUAGUGAAGAUGUUCUCUCAUAUAAAAAUACACAACAGUAUAAUGUUUUAGAUUUAGACAAGUAGACCACUUGUUAGGGAGAGAUGUCUCAUUUUCUAUUGAAUCAUAUUCAGAUUUAUAUAAUCUCUUUGCAAGUAAUGCAAUCACAGUAUAGGUAGACUCAUUGUAUUUUUGUCAAUUGUAAUAUUUUACAUACACACAACAUAUUAUUUUGUCAUUACUUCUCAAACAUGAGAGACAUAUCAGUGUUGUAGUAGUGUUUAUCAAUUUUUUAUUUUAUUUCGGUAGUUUUUUGAUUUCUCUGAGCUUUUUCUUUUGUCCACAUUAUUUUUAAAGUGACAUCCUUUUUAUUGUUAUUUUGUAGAAAUCAGCCUUUACACUUUGAAAAUUAACUGUUUGAAUAUUAAAUAAAUCUGAGAAAUAUGAUUAUGUGAUAUAUAUAUCUGAGAUAUAUGAUUUGUGAACAGGAUAAAUGAUGAUGUAAAUAGGAUUUAAUUAAAUAAAAGUUGUGGUGAAUUUUGAAAAGUGCUACAUAGGUGAGAGGUUAACCGUUAAGCUAGCGCUACAUAGCAAGCCAGCUAGCUAGCUAACCACUUCUCUCGCCACAUUCUGUUUACAACUAUUCCCAACGGGCAGUGUUGUCACACAUCUUAUUUUGGUAUUUAUAACAAGUGAAACAGGAGAAACGCUAAACUGCACGGCGUCAUGAGAACAGAGGGGGCGCUGUAGCCUUUGGGACUGACGUGUUGUUGGUUAAAGCCUUCCUCUGUGUGUACUGGGCGCGCGGAGCAUCGAGCGUGACGAUGGCGGGCUCUUAACACUCACUUUGCCUGAUGUGCGACUCCGCGACUACUUUAUACAAUCUCUGCUUCCAGUAGGUGUUGUGGUUCAAAAUAAGGCUUCCAACCCUGUCAUUGUAUGUGCAUGCACUAUGAUUCUUCCACCUAACAA